CGUGCAGUAAGUUGAACGUAUUAUCUAAGCAGACAUUUGGAGCUGACCAAUUGCUCAAGUUAGUUAAGUUAUGUACCAAAAUUGGUUGCAGUGAAAAAUGUGUGACGUUCUGAUGUGAUAUCGCAAAUUUUCGGAUUUGCAAAGGGAAAUAAAUUGUGUGUAAUCAUUAGGUGAAUCAAUUCAAUCAAAAUGCCAGUCGUAAGUGAAGAGUUCGAAUUGACCUCGAAGCCGCUGCUCAACUUCGUGCCGUCUACUGUGAAGUUUCAGCAUGUGCACUACUGCGUUGAAGAUAAAGACAUACUGUUGAACGUGUCGGGAAAGUUUAAACAUGGGCGGUUGGUGGCAUUGAUGGGACCUUCUGGGGCAGGAAAAUCCUCCCUGCUGAACGUCCUUGCCGGAGUUAAUCUGUAUGGACUAACGGGAUACGUCGCCAUUAACGACGAACCGGUGGAGGAGAAUGAUCCUCGCAGUGUUUACGUGGAGCAGGACUGUCCGCUGAUCAGUUGUUUAACCGUUCGCGGAACAAUGACGUACGCCGUUGACAUGAAGAUGCCUCGUAGUACACCGAAUAGAGAGAAACGAAAUAAGAUCAGUGAAAUUCUGGAACUACUGGGACUGGACAAAUGUGCCACAACGCUGGUGAAAAAUCUCUCAGGGGGUGAGCAAAAGCGCCUUUCAGUAGCAGUUGAGUUAAUAAAGAACCCCGCAGUGAUGCUCUUAGAUGAGCCAACCAGCGGGUUGGACAGUGUGGCAUCGAUGCAUCUCGUUUCCCACCUGAAAUCACUGGCCAUGGGCGGACGGACGAUCGUUUGCACAAUUCACCAACCGGCGUCGAAUCUAUUUCAGCUGUUUGAUGAUGUUUACCUGCUGGUUAAGGGACGAUGUCUCUACUCAGGUUCGGUGGAAGGAAUGGUACCAAAGCUAGACUCGGCAGGUUUCAGCUGUCCGGAGUACUACAAUCCGGCGGAUUUUGCGAUCGAAGUCCUCACUUCCGAUCGCUUUGAAGCUAAGGAAGCACUUAUUGCUCAAACUACCGAAGAGCUGAGGCAACUCUUCGAUGGAGGUCCUUCCAGCCCCACACUGGAUCGGGGCAAUGUGAUUGUGAAGCGAUACCAAACCCCUUUUUGGUAUCAGUUUUUGGUUUUGUUCAAGAGAUCGGCAAUCUCCAGUACGAGGGACGACUUCCUUUUGAAAAUCAGAUUAGGUCUGUAUGCGGCGUUAGGGUUGGUGUAUGGAAUCGUUCACUACAACGUGGGAAACGAUGCCAGUAAGGUGAUAGCCAAUGUGGGAUGCUUCUUCCAGCUGAUUGCCAUAGUCUAUUUCUCCAAUGCCACUGCCGUAAUUAACUAUUCGGAGGAAGCAAACGUAACGAUCAAGGAGAUUGCCAACAACUGGUACUCGCGAGAGGCGUAUUUCUUUUCAAAACUACUAAGCGACGUGCCACUGCAGCUGAUUUGUCCAACCUUGAUGCUGCCCUCAUUAUUCUACCUGAGUGAUCAACCCUGGCAGCUGGAGCGCUUUGCGAUGAUAUGGGUUAUGGUGCUUGCGGGUGGAAUUAUCGGCCAGUGCAUUGGACUGAUUGCGGGGAUUUGUUUCGACUCGAAGGCACGCAAUUUUGUGCUGGCGAACGCGUGCAUCGUUCCGAUUCUGUUUUCGGGAUUUUUAAUUAACGCCAAAGAUUUGGUACCGUAUCUGAAACCCUUCAGUGAUGUGUCCUUUUUUCGGUACCAGUUUCAUGGGAUACUGCAGGCAUUGUAUGGUUUCGAUAGAGAGAAGCUCAACUGUACGCAGAUAUACUGCUACUACAAGAAGCCGGCCAGUAUUUUGGAACAGUUUGAUAUCGAUCCAGAAGGGUUUUGGAGGAAUUUGAUGAUUCUCGUGAUAUUGAUUGGGAUUUUCCAAACGAUUAUUUAUUUGGCGUUUGUUGUACGUUUGAGACGAAUAAAAUGAUGAUUUC